ACGCGAUGUUUAAAUGUACAAAUAAGCACGUGUGUUUGUUUUGGAUACGCUCGCCUAUUUCUAGCAGUGAUUAUAAUACAGCUACAUAGAAUGGAAGAAGUGCACAUAGUUGAUAGCCCACUUGGCCACAUAAGAAUUACAUACAACAACAAAGGAAUAAAGGGUGUUAAAUUUACAAAAGAUCCGGACAAAACCUCAAGUGUAAAUAAUCCAAAUAACGAGAACCUACAACUUGCAGUUAAAUGGUUCGAGGCGUACUUCAGAGACCCAAAUGAAACGAAAUCCAUGAAAUUUCCAACCCUGGACAUGGAAGCACACAACGGCAAAGCAUUUAUGUGCAAAGUUUGGAACGUCUUGAAAGAUCGGAUUGGUCCGGGACAGACUAUAAGUUACGGGGAAUUGGCCAAGUUAUGCGGUAGUCCCAAAGCAGCUAGGGCAGUAGGACAAGCAAUGAAGACUAACCCGUUCACGAUAUUUGUGCCUUGUCAUCGUGUGAUCAAUGCCAGUGGUGAAAUGGGAAACUAUAGCAGUGGUGUGGAUAAGAAACAAUGGCUGUUGAAACACGAAGGAGAGGACUUCUCGACCCCCACUAAGUAACUGUAUGAUGUCAUUGUUUGAGAACUGGAUGACAUCAUUGUUUUGAGAGGAUGACGUCAUGAGAACACAUAUUGCUAAAAUUAAGUUGCUUUUAUCUUCAAUAAGAACUCGAUUAAGGAGUAUUAAAACUGUCUGUCCGACUGUUUUUACAUUAAUGUCAGAUUUGCUUGUAUCAUAGAUAAACUAAUUGCAUAACCCAGUGUUUUAUUGUUAACUUUUAUACAACACAAACUAAAAUAGAG